GCCACCACGAAACGUACGCGGGGAGGGCACCAAGUCAGCUGACUAUAGGCAUCAAUGACUGUCUUGGCAACAUUUAGCCGGCUUUAGCCAAAGGCCGCAAUUUGAUGAGUCAUGUGAUCCAGUCUUACAGAAUGUUUUGUGCCUUGAAAUCCAGGCACAAUCUCCCCACCAUCGAGGCUGUGCUCCAACGACUCGAGCCGACGUCAGCCAGCCAGAACACCCCGCCGAGGCUGCCAUCUAAGCAGCUCGAUUUGUGUGCCACGUCUUUCCUCUAGAGACCCUCGAUGAGCUCUAGCCCACCAUGCCGGCCUACAACUCCAUGUUCAACGCAGACCCGAACCCGCCUCGGCUGAUCGGCAACUUCCCCCUCCUCCCGCUGCGGACCAAGACCCGCGGCCCAGCCUACACGCUCCCGGCGCCGAGCCCCCCCCUGCCGGCGGGCGAGUCCCCCGACGCCGACAGCGAGAGCUACGACGUCCUGGACGAGGUGCUGGCCCUCUUCCGCGCCAACACCUUCUUCCGAAACUUCGAGCUCCAGGGCCCCGCCGACCGCCUGCUCGUCUACGGCAUCUGGUUCGUCAGCGACUGCCUGUCGCGCAUCCGCCCCUCCGCCGGCGUCAGGGAUGCCUCAAAGGACGUCAUGAACCUGGCCCUGGACAACAACUUUGCCAUCCCCGGCGACCCGGCAUGGCCGCUGAACCAGAUGUACGAGCCGCCGCGCGACAGGCAGGACGCCGAGGUGCUCAAGCAAUACAUGUCACAAGUACGGCAAGAACUGGCGACGAGGCUACUGGCGAGGGUAUACGAGGAAGGCGGGGAUGGGAAGCCGAGCAAGUGGUGGCUCAGCUUCACCAAGCGGAAGUUCAUGGGCAAGUCGCUAUGAUAGACCGAAGGAUCAGGGGGUUUAGACCGGGACAAAAAGGUGGAAAGCCGGCCCGGCUUUGGGCAUCAAGAUUUUGCGACGUAGAGAAGGGGCAGGGGCAGGAUUCCCUGCG